AUGCUUCGACAACAGCUUAUUGGUUUAUUUCUGAUUCCACCAGCUCUAUGCGGGUUUAUAACAAAUUGGUUAAUUGUAAAAAUUGUUAUCCAAUACCGUAACCUUCACCGAUCUUUUCCUAUUUUUACGGCAACGGUUGCAUCUCUAUAUGCAAUAAUGGCAAGUUUUGAGCUAAUGUUUGCAAGUCCUAUGAUCAUUUUUGACAUUAAUUUCUUAAAAAUGAACUCAACAAUAUGCGGUGCAAUUUAUCUUAUUACAUAUGACACUACAUCUUUAUUUCAUGUCGUGAUAUCGAUUAACAGAUUCAUCGCUGUUUUCAAACCUUUUUCUUACAACACAGUCUUCAAUCCAAGAACAACUCGAGUGAUCAUAUUCUCAGUUAUUACUUUAUCACUUUUAAUUGUUAACUGCUGGUUGUUCAUAAUUGACUGCCGGUUCUCUUUUGAUGAAGAUCAUUGGACAUUUCUGGUUACGGAUAGCGAUCAUUGUGAUGUGUUUGUCUGGACAACGAUUUUAGGGAAAAAUAUUAUACUAUCGAUUGUGAAUGUAAUACUUCAUGUGAUAACCAUGAUUAAAGUGAUUACUUUGAAACAAUUUAAAGCUCGCACCCAAGUUUCUCGAUCUUACAGUUUGCAAGAAUCUUAUUUUUUGAAACAGACGUUCGGUCAAACACUCUUCAUGUCAAUUGAAAUAAUUGCUUUCUAUUUCCCACCUCGAAGCUUCGAAAAUGAAUACUUUGCCUUUCUAUUCUCAAUGUUUCUUUGGUGUACGAUUCACGCGGCCGAAGGUGUCAUCACGUUGAUCUACAAUUCGGAGAUCAGACGGAAACUUCAAAAACGGAAGAAAAGCUACAGAAUUACUGCUACGAAAAUUCAAUUAAAAUGA